CGUGAACUCAGGCACCGACUGUCCGGAGCAUGAAGUGCACAAGAAGGAGGGAAAUCAACACUUCGCUGCAGGCGACUACGUCAAGGCAGUAGCAGCUUACAACAAGGCCAUCAAGUCGGAUCCUGACAACGGCGUCCUCUAUAGCAACCGAGCAGCUGCUUUCAUUCACUUGGGAAAGGAGAUCAAAGCAAUUAAGGAUGCAGAACAGGCGAUCGCCCUCAAACCUGACUGGGCGAAGGGGUACUUCAGGAAGGGAUCGGCGCUUGCGGCUCUGAGAAAAUGGGACGAGGCUUCUGAAGUCCUUUCCAAGGCACUUGAGCUAGAGCCUAAAAGCAAGGAGAUAUCCACACUGUUACGUGACGUGAAUCGAAAAAGGGCAGCAGAGCAAGGGGAGCGAAAGAAAGAGGAGAACAAGAAAUCAGGGCUGCGGCUGGUGGCUGGAGGAGAUAGCAAGGAGAGCGAGAAGGAGACAACGAGCGUUGCAUUCCAGCCCAUCGGCUUCUCCGAGUCCAUCAUCGAGCAGUUCGUGAAGGACUCGCUGACCAACGUCAUCACUCAGUUUUCUCAGCAAGGUGAGGUGAAGUCUAUCGUCUACAUGCAGCCCUCGAGGCAGGGAGAGGCGCUGCAGAUGAUUGGAAUCGAAGCUGGGUUCGACAGCCCCCAGGCCAACUCCCAGUGCUGUGACUUCCUGCGAACGUUCGCCGCGGACAACAAGGCCCUCGCCCUCCUUAUCAUUGCAGAGAAAAGAAACGUCGCGUUCCCUCAGGUCUGGAGGGACAAGAGCAGCACUCAGUGGCAGUGGAAGGAGUCCGAGCAUGGCAUCUUCAUGCAGCUCGACGCGCUCUCCAUAGGAGCGGUGGACUACAAGGCGGAGAGGAAGGUAUGGUUCAUCCCUACAGGGACGGCCAAGGGAAAGCCGAGGGAGCCGGUUGAGUUAGACAUCGAUCUCUUUGCUAUCAUGCCACCUCUCCUCCGAACUGCCUGACCAAGUUAAAUGAAGCUCUCAACUCUUG